GAGGGGUCAUAGUUCAGCAUGGACACAUCAAUGUUACUGUGCAGCAGGACAGUCCUGUAGCUGAGGGUGACGUCACCUUGACGUUGGCAGUGGUUCCAGAGAUGGCGCCGGUGGUUCAGCUCCUGGUGUACAGUAUGCUACCCAGUGAGACUGUCAUCGCCCACAGCAUGAACUUCCCCACUGAGAAAUGCUUCAGGAACAAGGUGUUGGUGGAGUUCUCUCCCUCCAACGCUGUCCCAGGGGAGGCGAACACCCUGCAUCUCUCUGCCCAGCCCGGUUCCCUCUGUGGCCUCGGUGCUGUGGACCAGAGUGUUGGCAUCAUGGAGCCAGGGAAGAGGCUGGAUGCUGACAAGAUAUUUGAUUUGUUACCGGUCAAGGAGACGACCUAUAUUCCCUACGAGCUUGAAGAUCCAGUAGCAUGUUUACGUGUUAGACCAAGGAGAUUCAUAAUACCACACCCAUAUGGACCGUCUGAGAUGACAAAUGAUCCUUAUGCAGUUUUUCAGACGCUGGGACUGAAGCUAGCGACUAACCUGGAUAUAAGAGUACCUUCCUGCCUCAGUUACCAGGGGAACCAGUACUAUCGCUCCUAUGCUUACAGCCAUAUGGCUAGGCCUGGAUCAGCAGGUCCUAGACUUGAAAUGGCUGUGGCUGGUGGACUUGCCGCUCCACCUCCGCCACCCAUACAGACGGUCCGUACAUUCUUCCCUGAGACAUGGAUUUGGGACCUUGUGGAAGUUGGGGAGUCUGGAUCAGCAGAUGUCCCCCUGACAGUCCCAGACACCAUCACCACCUGGGAGACUGAGGUCUUCUGCCUGGCCCCCAGUGGCUUCGGUCUGGCUCCUCUGGUGGAGCUCACGGUCUUCCAGCCCUUCUUCCUGGAGCUCACCCUGCCCUACUCAGUCAUCCGGGGAGAGCACUUUGAGCUGAAGGCCACUGUGUUUAACUACCUCUCCAAGUGCAUCGUGGUUUCUGUGACUCCAGCUCUUUCCUCUGACUACACUCUCACACCCUUGCGUGAUGUCCGGGACUCCUCGUGCUUGUGUGCCAAUGGACGAAAGACCUUCAGUUGGACAAUGGCCCCCUCUGUCCUGGGGGUUUUGAACGUGUCCGUUAGUGCGGCGGCUGUCCAGUCCCACACUGCGUGUGACAACGGGGUUGCGAACGUACCGGAGAGAGGACGCGUUGACACGGUCACACGGAGCCUGCUGGUGAAGGCUGAGGGAACAGAGAAGAGCCACACCUACAACUGGUUGCUGUGUCCUACUGGAGAAGCUCUGACGGAGGAGGUGGAACUGCAACUCCCCCAGAACGUGGUGGAUGGUUCUGCUAGGAUUUCCCUCUCAGUUCUGGGGGACAUCCUGGGUCGGGCCCUCAACAACCUGGAUGGACUGUUGCAGAUGCCGUAUGGGUGUGGGGAGCAGAACAUGGCCCUGCUCUCCCCCAAUAUCUACAUCCUGGAGUACCUGAGGAACACAAAGCAGCUCACGCCAGCCAUCCUAGACAAGGCUACCAAGUUCCUCACUAGUGGUUACCAACGGCAGCUGAACUACAAGAAUGCUGAUGGUGCGUACAGCACGUUUGGACAAGGCUUGGGGAACACCUGGCUGACUGCUUUUGUCUUGAGAUCCUUUGGCAAAGCCCAGUCUUUCAUCUAUGUUGACCCGGCAACGAUGGAGCAAUCCAAGACUUGGUUGGAACGUCAACAAGGCAAACAUGGCUGUUUCAGAGCUUUAGGGAAGCUCUUGAACAACAGAAUGAAGGGUGGAGUGACGGAUGAAGUCACACUGACUGCUUACAUCACUGCUUCAAUGCUGGAGCUCAACAUGUCCGUGUCGGAUCCUGUUGUGGACCACAGCUUGUCUUGCCUGAAGAACUCCACCAGUGAUUUGUCCAACACCUACGCUACUGCUCUGCUGGCCUACACCUUCACCCUGGCAGGUGACAUGGAGACACGGGCCCGGCUUCUGCAGCACCUCGACACCAUCUCAUUUCAAGAGGGGGGUCUCCUGCACUGGUCCCAGUCCUCCUCGGAGACCUUACCCUCCCUGGAGGUGGAGAUCAGCUCCUACGUUCUGCUGGCGUCCCUCAGUGCCUCUUCUCGGUCUACCUCUGACCUGGGCUACGCCUCCCGCAUCGUCAGGUGGCUGGUGAGGCAGCAGAACGCCUACGGAGGCUUCUCCUCCACCCAGGACACCGUGGUGGCCCUCCAGGCCCUGGCUCUCUACUCCACCAGGGUGUUCAGUAGAGGAGGAGCCAGCACAGUGACGGUACGGUCUCCCAGUGGGGAACGGUGCCUCUUCCAUGUCAACCAAAACAACAAGCUUCUGUACCAGGAGAGGGCGCUGCAGGACACAGAAGGGAAGUACAGCGUUGAAGUGAAGGGCAGUGCUUGUGCCUCAGUGCAGGUGGUGGUCCGCUACAACGUCCCUACUCCUACCAGAAGCACAACGCUCAGUAUCCAGGUGACUCCAGAGGUGGACUGCAACAGCAAGUCUUUGAGACCCAGAGUCACGCUGAAGCUCGAGUCUCGAUAUCGUGGAAAGGAGCUCACCACCAAUAUGAUUAUAGUGGAUUUGAAAAUGCUCUCUGGGUUUUCUCCAGAUCCAGACUCUUUGGGGAGGCUGAGGGGUUCGAGUCAAGUGGAUCGUGUUGAUAUCAAAGAUGACCAUGUGUUACUGUACUUGACAGAGCUGACAUCACUAUUUCCUUUCCACAUCACCCUGGACAUCAUACAGGAGUUCCCAGUACAGAAUCUAAAGCCAGCAGUGGUCAAGAUCUAUGACUACUACCAGCCAAGUGACCAGGCUGAGACAGAAUACGUCUUCCCUUGCAAGUAGGGGUUCCAAGCUGAUGGAAGAAGAUGCCAUUGAGGUCACACCUGCAACCCUUGAGACGUCUUUCAAGUGCUGAAGUAAAACUAUGGAACUGCAAAUAAAG